UGAACGCUGUGUUGAUGAGGGGCGAGGUAGCUCAGCUGCCACUCCGAAGAACAGCGGCACGUAGCUUUCAUCGAGUCGACGAUUUGUCUUUUGAUUAUUCACUCACUUCCCAAGAUGGUUCGACCACAUUUUGGACCACCUCGUUUGAAGCCCAGACCUUACGGAGAGGGUCACGGCAUUGGACCUAAUGACGGGAAUUUCAACCCUCACUCCAAAAAUCGAAGAGAUGUCCAGGGCUACCCAGCAAAGGCCCCUUUUCACUGGAGAGAUUCCAGAGGUAGAGGACGUCCCCCAGUAGUCAAAAGAGCCCCCCUGAUGGGAGAACAAAGGGAGCCACGUUUCAAUCACUGGAGGUCCCAGAAUCAGGAUUCCUUUCAAUCGUACCCUCCCAAAAUGGAACCCCACCACAGCCAGAGGAGGCCUUCUCCAUUCAGGCAGAAUCGCUCCCCUCAUGUCCAGCACCACUCAUCCUCUCGCAGCCCUGCACAAGGAUCCCAGAGUCAAAGGGGCCCGCCUCUCCACGGCCACCCCUCAGGUCACAGGUCGCCCUCCCCGAGACAUUUUCGCAACCACCCAGCUGACAGGAGGCCCGGCUCGGCACCAGCAUACCGGGGCUCCUUCAGGGGCUCCUUCAGGGGCUCCUUCAGGGGCUCCAAAAGGCAGCCCGGUUUUCAGCAUCAGGAGCAGCGGAGUCGAGACCCUCGUGGGAAUUACAGUCCCAGAGAAAGGCCCUAUGAGCACUCAGGUCACGGCAUGAAGCGCUGGAACGAGGCCGGAGCGUUCUCUCAUCCACACAAUGGAGAACACGGGCCCUCUUGUUCACAGAGGAACCCCAGAGAGAUGCAUGGCAGAGGCUCAUGUCCAGAGAGGUACAGGAGUGAAGCAGCAGCCCCAGCUGGGUGGUCAUCUGAGCAAGACUCCAGGCGGCAGCGUGGUCCGGUGGGGAGGCAGGGCAGCAGAUCCCACAGUAGAGAGAGGGCACAGGAUGUCCCUCACCCGCCCCCCUUCAGAGCCCCCUCGUGGAAAGGGGGUCCGUCACCAUCGUCCUCCUACCACAGGAACCCUCAGGAGAGGCAAGUGGCGGGACCCCGCAAGAGGAGGAUAUCGGACAUCAGCAUGCCCUCGCCAGACCCGGCACUGGAGCACGGCAAUCAGAAACAACCGCGAAGAGAGAGGCCUCAGCUGCUCGGUAUUCCCAGGCCGUUCGGUGGUAAACAUGUGUCUCUUAGGGAUAGAAGUUACCCGGUUAAGGACGGACAAGUCCAAGCGGAGUCCCUCAUGAGGCUCAGAAUACCAACAUCCGUGAGACCCAGGCCCCGCCUGGACGACCCCGCCGCGCGGGAAAAUGCUGGCUCUGUUCUUGCUGUCCGGAAGAGACGCUUCCAGGCAAAUGCAGGUCCCCUGAAAAAAGUGGAGCCGAGGAGAGGCAAACCACAGCAGUCACCCCCCCGAGAAGAAAGCAAUGCCAGCAAGUCCUCGAGGGACUCUGAUUCAGGCAAAGAACAGGUGGAGUCUCGCCGGUCCCUGAACACACACAGGUCUUCUUCUCCCAUAGAGAAACGUGACCUCGUUGUUCUGUCCCACUGGCCUCCCGGGCCGAUCUCCUCUAAGGACGACUCGCCGACGAAGGAUCGCAGCCCAAAGAACGACCGCAGUUCAGAUCAAGAGGGCACAACGAACAGCCGACUCUCAAAGACUAACGAUUCCAGAUCGUCGCCUGAAGACCGCAGACAGGGCUACAUGGACAAGAGGGUGUUCAGGCCUUUUAAUACGAUGCAGGACAGCUACAGACCCGGGAGGCCCUUCAGGAGACCAGGACAAGGACCCAUGCAGAGACCACGGUUCCCCGGUGGUCCCAGGAAGACGGGCCCUGAACUGUCUGGAAAUAUUAGAAGACCUCUCAUGGAGAGCUUAGUGACGCGUCCCUUCCCAAAUCAGAGGCCAGUGUUCAGAAAGAGUCACUGCAUCAUGUCCAAAUACCGCAGCAUGAGAGUGCAGCGUCAGCAGCGAGCGCCGUACAACCGAGGGCCCAACCAGCAGCGCUGGUGAUGACCUCUGUCUGCAGACGGGAUACAUCUUCAUCAUCUAUCUCUUCUCUGCUGGGUGGACUGCACAAACCUUUCUUUCAUUUGAAAUCUCCACCUGCCUGUAUAUUGUGGAAGUGUUGUCGCUUACAUUUGUUCUCUGGUACAAAUGUUUCAUUUGCAUCUUUAAGGUAUCGCAGUAUUUUUGUUUUUGGGUAUUUGUGACUUAUGCCAUUGCGUUCUAUUGUUCUGCUCUUUCUUUGUUCUUGAGUGUAAUUAUUUAGGAGUGCCGCCUGUGGUCUUGGCAGUCUUUGUUUUACUGAGGUAGUUUUAGCUUUUUUUUUUUUUUUUUGUCUACCAGCAGGAAUCGAUUUCAGGUCUGAAGUCCAAGAAACGGUUACUUUAGAAUGUCACCCGUACUGUCUGUAAAGACUAAUCUCAUGAAAUGUCCUGUUUGAUUGAUGGGUGUGUUGAUUAGACUCGGCAGCUUGUCCAAUGACACUUAGCUACUACUUGUAUAAUCACAUGUUCAGUUUAUUGUUACUUGAAAUAAAACCAAAUUUAACACGC